AUGGCACCUCCGAGCACUACACUGGAGUGGCAGCAACAGACUAAACUCGAUCCACCGAUCAGCUCACGAACUCCGCCCGGAACAGAGCGCAGGUCCUCUCCCCUCCGGGAGAGAGCCGCAGCCACUGGGAAACAGGACUGCACCGGCUCGGGGGCAAUCAAUAAAUACUGCGCUGUGGCCGCCGGUGGCCGCGGGGAGGCGCUGUGGCCGCUGUGGCCGCGGGGCGGCGCUGUGGCCGCUGGUGGCCGCGGGGAGGCGCUGUGGCCGCGGGGCGGCGCUGUGGCCGCUGGUGGCCGCGGGGAGGCGCUGUGGCCGCGGGGCGGCGCUGUGGCCGCGGGGAGGCGCUGUGGCCGCUGUGGCCGCGGGGAGGCGCUGUGGCCGCGGGGAGGCGCUGUGGCCGCGGGGAGGCGCUGUGGCCGCGGGGCGGCGCUGUGGCCGCGGGGAGGCGCUGUGGCCGCGGGGCGGCGCUGUGGCCGCGGGGCGGCGCUGUGGCUGUGGUCGGGAGAGCGGCGCCGCGGUGCGGGACAUGUUUCGGGCCGCGGGAGCGCUGCUGCUCCGGGUCUCGGGCCGCGGCUCCGGCUGUUUGAUACCCGCGGCCCGAGCCAACGGGCGGCGGCGGCGGCGGAGGGGAACCGCUGGGAGAGGAGCGGGAGGAGCGGGAGGAGCGGGGCCCGGGUCGGGCCGCACGGAGGCAGCAAUGUGGCAUUGCAGACUGUUAGGAAUUACGCCAGAAUCGUACACAAAAAGCAAGAUCCAGAAUUUACCAGUCAGCUGGCGGAUCUGUCCCCAGUGCUGCUGAAGAAGGAUUAUGCCGGCAUCGAGCUUGUGAACAAUUCAGGUGAUGUGGUCAGAAAGCUUCUGUCACUGGAGAUGGCAAGUCAUAAAGAGAAGUUGAAAGUGAAAACCGGUCAACUGAUCGAGAAGGUUAGACGGACUCCCCAUGACGUUGGCUCCACAGAAGUGCAGAUCGCUAUUUUAACAGCAAAGAUUCGCAAUUACCAGGAGCACCUCCACAAGCACACAAAGGACAAGGCAAACAAGCGUUACAUGCUGCUCGCCAUCGACCAACGCAAGAAAUUGCUGAAGUACCUGCGACGCACACGCUAUGAAUUGUUUGAGAACGUGUGCACUCAGCUGGAUAUCCAGUACACAUUCCCCCCCAAAUAUUACAGGAAAGUGACCCGGCGAUGGGUUGCCAAGAAAGCUUUGUGCAUAAGGGUUUUCCAGGAGGUGCAGAAGCUGCGAGCUGCUAUUCGGCAGAAGGAAGCGGCAGCAAAACAGCGGGGAGAUGGUCAGGUAAAGCCUGAGGAGACGCCUGUGUGACGGGCAUUUCAUUUACUGUGUGAGACAGACAGCGACCUCGCAUGUCAGAGACUAAUAAACAUGUCCGUGUUUUGUA